CGAUUACGGUGGAUCCCCCUUCCCACUCCCUCUUGCAGACGAUUCCAGGAUCUGAGGGGUGUACAACUCGUUUUGGGUUCUGUCGCUCUCCAAUCCCACUCACUUUCUGUCUUGGAGUGUUGGCCAGCUGGUUCAAAGAGGGGGCUUUGAGAGGGGCUUUUCUCCCACCCUGUUUUUUGUCUAUAUAUUCGGCUCCUCUGGCCAGCCAAGCGGUGUUUUUUUUUCUCUUUUCAUCAUUCCAACCUUCUACCCUUUUUUUACCCCUUGAAAUUUAUCCGUCUUAGCUUCGUGCUUUGAUCAAUUCCCCCUCUAUAUCGCAUUUUUAACUUUCAUUUGAAACAUCCUCCAAAAUGGGCAAGGUUCUUCUCGUUCUGUACGACGGUGGUGAGCACGCCAAGCAGCAGCCCCGUCUCCUCGGUACUACUGAGAACGAGCUCGGCAUCCGCAAGUGGCUCGAGGACGCUGGCCACACUCUGGUCACCACCUCCGACAAGGAGGGUGAGAACUCUACCUUUGACAAGGAGCUCGUUGACGCCGAGGUUAUUAUUACCACUCCCUUCCACCCCGGUUACCUCACUGCCGAGCGCCUGGCCAAGGCCAAGAAGCUCAAGCUCGCCGUCACCGCUGGUAUCGGCUCUGACCACGUCGACCUGAAUGCCGCCAACAAGACCAACGGUGGUAUCACCGUCGCCGAGGUUACCGGCUCCAACGUCGUCUCCGUCGCCGAGCACGUCGUCAUGACCAUCCUCCUCCUGGUUCGCAACUUCGUCCCCGCCCACGACCAGAUCCGCAACGGCGAGUGGGACGUCGCCGCCGUCGCCAAGAACGAGUUCGACCUCGAGGGCAAGGUCGUCGGUACCGUCGCCGUCGGCCGUAUCGGUGAGCGUGUCCUGCGCCGCCUGAAGCCCUUCGACUGCAAGGAGCUCCUCUACUACGACUACCAGCCCCUGGCUCCCGAGGUCGAGAAGGAGAUUGGCUGCCGUCGCGUCGACUCCCUUGAGGAGAUGCUCGCCCAGUGCGACGUCGUCACUAUUAACUGCCCCCUGCACGAGAAGACCCGUGGUCUCUUCAACAAGGACCUCAUCUCCAAGAUGAAGCCCGGUGCUUGGCUCGUUAACACCGCCCGUGGCGCUAUCGUCGUCAAGGAGGACGUCGCCGAGGCUCUGAAGUCGGGCCACCUCCGCGGAUACGGUGGUGACGUCUGGUUCCCCCAGCCCGCCCCCAAGGACCACCCUCUCCGCUACGCCGAGUACCCCUGGGGCGGUGGUAACGCCAUGGUCCCCCACAUGUCCGGUACCUCUAUCGAUGCCCAGGUCCGCUACGCCGAGGGUACCAAGAACAUCUUGGACUCUUACUUCUCCGGCCGUGAGGACUACCGCCCUGAGGAUCUGAUUGUCCACAAGGGUGACUACGCCACCAAGGCCUAUGGCCAGCGUAAGUAAAUUAUGGAAAUAAAAAGGAAAUAAUUUGACUGCGAGAGUGGAGGGCACAAUAAGGCUUUGGUUCCCUUUUUUUCAUUUGUUUAUAUUUCACUUUUCAAUGAGUCCCGGAUUCCUCGGCUGGAGGAUGGGAAGAGCUAUGUUGUGAAAAUAUAGCAGCUACGAUACCAAUGACAUGACUUAUUCAUACCAUACAUAU